UUCUUAGUUAUAAAGAAGGUUACUAGAACUUAUAGACUAAUUAAUACUACUAUAAAGAUGAAUUUAGUAACCUUACGGGAUACUAACCUACUCCUGUUUACUAAUAAGAUUUUAAAGGAAUUUGCUAGGUAUACUUAUAUUUCUCUAAUUAAUUUCUUUUCUAGAUAUAAUUAA